GAGGAAGGGCUUGAGCCCACCUGUUUUAAGAAAAGUGAUGAUCUUGGGGGACUCUGGAUGUUCACGGAAGUAUUUUUCUUCUCUGAUUCCUACUGGUCCCAGUUUGCAGCCCGCCCAUCUGUCCUAGCCCACUUCCUCCUGGGAAACCAUGGUGCAGAGAGUUGCAAUCAUCGGAGCUGGUGUCAGUGGACUGGCCUCCAUUAAGUGCUGUCUGGAUGAGGGGCUAAAGCCCACCUGCUUUGAGAGAAGCAAUGGCAUCGGGGGACUCUGGAGGUUCUCAGAAACAACGAAAUCUGGGAGGAUCAGUGUCUAUAGAUCUGUGAUAACAAACACCUCCAAGGAAAUGUCCUGUUUUAGUGAUUUCCCCUUCCCAGAUAAUUUUCCCAACUACCUACACCAUUCCAGGCUCUUGGACUACUUUCGAAUGUAUGCUGAGCACUUUGACCUUCUCAAGUAUAUACACUUCGGGACAACAGUUCACAGCAUAAGGAAAUGCCCAGAUUUCUCUGCCAGUGGCCAGUGGGAAAUUGUCACUGAGGCCAAUGGGGAACAGAAGUCCUCCAUCUUUGAUGCUGUUAUGGUUUGCAGUGGCCAUUAUGCAGAGCCACAUUUGCCACUGGAUUCUUUUCCUGGUAUAAGAAAUCGCUUUAAAGGCCAGUGCCUCCACAGCUGGGAGUACAAAGACUCAGAUGAUUUCAAAGGAAAAAGAAUCCUUGUGGUCGGUACUGGGAAUUCUGGAGGAGAUAUUGCUGUGGACCUCAGUCAUGUGGCUGCUCAGGUAUUUCUCAGCACCAGAAGUGGCACAUGGGUGGUUAGUCGUGUUUCAAACCAGGGCUUCCCUCUUGACAUGGUGUUCACCACACGCUUUGCCAACUGUGUUGAAUGGUUGCUCCCAUCAGUCCUCGCGAGCAGGAUCAAGAGAAAGAAAUUCAGCGCAUGGUUUAACCAUGAAAACUAUAGCUUGUUUCAGCAAAAAAGUCAAGAGCUACAUUUGAUUGUGAAUGAUGAGCUGCCAAGCUGCAUUCUCUGUGGUGCUGUCGUGGUAAAACCAAAUGUGAAGGAGUUUACUGAAACCUCGGCUAUCUUUGAAGAUGAGACUGUCAUGGACAACAUAGAUGUGGUGGUCUUUGCCACAGGAUUCACUGCGUCUUUUCCUUUCCUUGAAGAGUCAGUUCAGAAUGUCUGCAAAAGCAAGACCUCUCUUUACAAAUAUGUCUUCCCACCCCAACUGGAGAAGCCAACACUGGCUGUCCUUGGCUUUAUACAGCUAACAGGCUCCAUCAUGGUAGGAACGGAACUCCAGGCUCGCUGGGUCACAAGAGUUUUUAAAGGGUCAAAUAAGCUCCCUCAAGUCAGCAGAAUGAUGACUGAUGUUUCCAAGGAAAAGGAACUUUUAAUGAAACGACCCAUCCUGGUAAAGCUACCAACUGGCUCCAAGUUUCUGAGACAGCACUGACUUUUGGAGCUGUGUCCUAGUGGCUCCAAGGACUCCCUGAAACACAACUGUUUUUUUGGAUUUGAAAAAAAGGUCACGUAUUAGCACUGUUGUGUCUGAGAUCAUGAAGCAUGAUGUUGCUUGACACGAUGUUUAUGCAGCCACUACCUGAGCUAAUUAGUUUUCUCUCUUAGCAGAGCCAAUUAACCUACUUGCAGCAUUGCACUGGUGGCUAUACUAAGUGCAAAAUAUGAUGUAUCCAUUCUGGAAGUCUCUGGAGAAUCUGGGACUAUGUCCUGGAUGUGGUUUCUUGAAAAUUGAGUCUCUGGGCCCUCCAUCCCUUUUCAAGCUUCUGAGUUCUGUGGCAACACAUGGCAUGGCAUGGCACAGGGCACUGAGGGUAAGAUCCAGGCCAGAUGGCACAGCGGUAGGGAGGGACACGCAUGCAGGCACACACUGUAGUGGUGGGAGGGAUACCCAUGCAGAAGGUGGGCCAGGGGCAGCCUAUAGGACACCUGGCUACUUAGAAGUUGGAUAACUAUGAUGUAAAAUGUUAAAUAUCACAAGACUUUUAGAGAUUCUCUUCAGUGUUGUCCACACAUAGGAUAUUCAGUGGCUUUCUGUUUGAAAUUACUUGAUUACAUGGAAAGUUUAGAUUGAUUGUUUUAAAACAAAAUAAUACUAAGCCUACACACAAAACCUGUACUGCUUGUCCUAUAGCACUAUAAAUAAAAUGAUAUAAACACUAGUGGAAACACAGGUUUAUUGCUGUAGCUUAUUCCUGUGUGAAAAAGACCUAUGCCUGCAUAAGACAUCUUUGUAUCAAUGUAAGCUUAUCCAUACAAGGCUGAAUUGCUGUAUUUGCAGCAUCCCACAUUUUGGAAGCAAAAGCUGGGAAACAGUUCUGGAUGCAUCAGAGUGAUCAGGAGCUCUGAAACUAGUAGAUGAAAUAUAGUCAGUCUUCUGGCCCAUACAAUUGCUCAGUUUGAGAAUUUGUCCAAUUGACGCUGCCUAGGACCAAUUUUUCAUAUUCAGGAUGAAACUCCUAUUUUUGGGAGUCCUCCAGGACUCAGCCCUGAAAUCUGGGAUCAUCCUGGAUUUUCCAGGAUGGGUCAUACAUGUGAAAACAAUUACACCACUCCCCUCACUGCAUCAUCUCUGUAAAAGCUGUGCAUGCACCUUGUUUCUUAGCUCUCUUCCUGGCUGAAAAACGAAUGCAAGAGACAUAGGCACCAACUUUUAUUUUUACCGGGGAGGGAGGCCUAAGAUGAUGGACAUGUGAAAAGUUCUGCACAUUUCAGGUGACAACCCUCUUCCCGAGGGGGGCCAGGGCCCUCAGGCCCCCACAUACUCGGUGCCUCUGGCAGGAGUAUCCCAAGUUAUUAUGCAAGAGUAACCCAGUAGCUGAAUCCAUGAGUAAGCCAAGUGCAAAACCAAUGAAAAAUAAAAAGACCCACUCAGGUCUAAAAAUCGCACAGGUUUUAACCUAGUCCCAUGAUCUGGGGCAGGGCCUAAGCCAGAGAGUUCUAGCUACCUGAAGCAAGCAGGGCUGUCUCUUGGCCAACACAGGCCUAAAAUGUGAGCACCAGUAUUGCUACAUGGCUGCUCUAGGAGAGUAUCAAACUGGUGGAAUUUAUUACCAGGGAUCCUGGGCUCUUCUGAUAAAAUUAAAAAACCCCACAAUUUUUGGAUUAAAAAAAAGUAACACAAAAUGCACAUUUUUCUGUGAUUAAAAUGAAAUGCCACACAGUGUGUGUGUGUGUGUGUGUGUAGUAGCCCAGGUACACUCAAGAGUAUGCCCGUCCACAAAUGGAAGGGAUGGAGAUGGUCAGGCAAGAGUGCUGCAAGAGAGGGAGGGAGCAGUUCCCACUUUUUGCCAUACAGCCAAGCCAGGACACAGUACUUAUUGAUAUACAUCAUUUGUAUAUAGUUAAGUUACAAGCCCUUAAACUGAUGUAAGAUAUUUACAAUAUGCUUUACAUGUGACACUGCAUUCAGUAGUCUGCAAUCAGGAAAUUCGCACUACCUCCAGGAACAUGCAAAACAGAGCACAGGUAACUGGGAACUCAAAACGGGUUACUCACAGCAUGGGAAGUGACCAACUUCCAAUACAGAUGAGUAUUGGAUAUCCAGGAACAGGUAAGCACAGGUAGGUAAAGCUAUCACUUCAAUAAACAGAUACAGGCAACCCAGUAGGCAAGCACAGGUAAGUCAGGUAACAAUACAGUAGGCACAUACAGACAGCAAAGCAAAUAAACACAGGUAAUUCAAGGUACCAUUUCAGUAAGCAUAUACAGGCAGCAACCAAGUAACUCAAUAUGAACAUCGAAGAAUACCCAUAAUUAUAUUAACAUCAACAUUACAUCAAUCACAAGAUAUGAGGUGCCUUCAACACCCCCUGGGGUGUCCUGUGGAUCCCCUGUCCUUUUGAGUACAAGCUUGGGCUCACCUCCCAAUAGAGAAGGGAGGCUCCAGAAUCCCCCCUCCCUCCGACAGCAUCGGGCUCCCAUCCCACAACCCGAGACCCUGUAUAUCCAGCUCCCACAGGGGCCUCUCCCAGGGCACCUCCCCUGUGGGACCUGCUCCUCAGCAACUCCUGCUCCCGUUCAAAAGAACAGUUGGGUCUUGUCCCCUGGACAUUAGCCCUUGUAGCCUCUCCCCAGCAGCACCUCCAGCUCCUCUUGUGGCCAGGCACCCUGCUCUGGGCACCCAGGCCGAGCACGCUGCCUUCUCCAGCUAUCCAGCCUCACGCUGGGGGUUUUCUUCUCUCCCUGGCCUUGUGCCCCUCUCUGGGCACCGAGGUCUUUGUUGUCUACAUCAAGCCACACUGCCAUGAGCUCUGGCCGUCUGGCCUCAUGCUGGGGCUUCUCCAGGCCCCGCUCUGGGCACCGAGGGCUCUUUCAGAUGUGCGGAGCUGUGCCCGCACAUCCCAGGCCCGAACUGCCUCAAACAGCUCCCAGGACUGAGGCUCCGUGGAUGGGGUUGUCCCAGGCAACUUCUUCAGGGUGUCUUUUGGGUGACCGCUCGCGGGGCAGCUCUCACCAGUUCUUCUAGGCCCCUCUCUUCUUAAGUCCUGCAAGGCAUUGCUCCCCAGUGCGUGAUCACCUGCCCUUUUAUUCUUUCUAGAGGCCCCUUCCCCCACAAAGAGCAUCUUCAAUUGAGUCCAGACUGCCCUCUUCCCUCUUCCAAGCCCAUUGUGCACGGCAAAAAUGGCAAGCCCACUGCGAUAGAUAGAUAGAUAAUUCUGUGGCGUUCCAUUUUAAUCACAGAAAAAUGUGCAUUUUGGGUUACUUUUUUAUCAGAGAAAACCAGGAUCCCUGUUACCAACAGGCCACAAACGUCUCUGCGACCCACGAAGAGCCGAGAUCUGGUGGGGAGCCGCUGAGCUGGGCCUGGAAGCGGCCCAAAGACUUUUAAAAGCCCCUGAAUUUGCCCCUGAAGCUCCUCCUCCCCAGACAGGCUCCGGCAGGCCCCGCAGUGCCUCGUGGACGCAGUUCCCGCCAGCUCCUGCAGAGGGCGCUGCCGGCUCCGCUCCGGGCCGUGAAGAAAGCGGCUGUCCGGGGUCACGU